CCAAAUUGUCAACCAUGGCCGACUGAGUCUACUUCUACCUCCAUCAAAACCAAUUGUACUCAUCACAACCUUCCCCAAAAAGCUUUUUAUUUCUCCAUCGUCGUCAAUGGCAUCAUCAGCUGCUAGUCGAAGCUUCAUUUUAUGGCUUCACGGUCUUGGUGACUCCGGCCCGGCCAAUGAACCCAUCAAGACCUUUUUCACUUCCCCUCUCUUCACGAAUACUCGAUGGUCUUUUCCUUCUGCUCCUUCUCAACCUGUCACCUGCAAUUAUGGUGCUUCGAUGCCUUCAUGGUUCAACAUUCAUGAGAUACCUAUAACAUCUAACUCUCCUACGGAUGAAAGUACUUUGCUUAAAGCUGUUCAAGGAGUACAUUCAAUGAUCGACAAAGAGCUGGCUGCUGGAACAGACCCUAAGAAUGUGUUUGUUUGUGGAUUUAGUCAAGGAGGUGCCUUGACCUUGGCCAGUGUUCUGUUAUAUCCAAAAACUCUUGGAGGAGGUGCAGUGUUCAGUGGAUGGGUACCUUUUAGUUCAACUAGCUCCAUAAUUGAACAAAUCACACAAGAGGCGAAAAGGACACCUAUAUUGUGGUCUCAUGGUAUCUCCGAUGGAACAGUUUUGUUUGAAGCUGGACAAGCGGGUCCACCAUUCCUUCAACAAAUCGGCAUAAAUUGUGAAUUUAAGGCAUAUCCUGGACUAGCCCAUUCGAUAAAUGAUCAAGAGCUUAAGAGCUUGGAAUCGUGGAUCAAAUCUCAACUACAAAGUUCUUCCUGAAGCGUCAUAAUUAUUUUUCAGGUAAUGUUAUACCUCGAUUCUUGGAGUAGUUAAAGACAGCCAAAUGAUGUUUAUCCUAACGGUAUCUACGAAUGAUUUAAAGACAUCAAUGGCCGUUGAAAGAAAAGGUUAAGACCGACUAUGAUUAUUUUAGAUAUUGCUUUUAGGAUCAAGUUUAAUAAUUUAUGUUGUCGAUUUGCACGUAUUUGGCUUUUAUUGGCAUCUAAAAUCGGUACUUAGAGUGAGAUGUGAUAAUUUGGAUUUGUUUGGACUGUUUAUUUUCGGUCUUUUUUCUACCUGUUAUACCAUAAUACAAGUGCUUAACUUUCUUAA